CUCAUUCAUAAGUCAAAUUAGAAAAUAUUCCAUGAAAAACGCUGAACGUUGAUUUCCAUAUUUUUUUUUACAAUUAAUUUUCCAAUCGACCAAAUUAAAAGUUUCUCGUUCAUUUUCAUAUUUCCGAGUAUUCGUAUCUCGGUGCACAUAAUUAACUUAUGCAACCGUGUGUUUGUUGUAAAUUUGUUUAUUUUUGCAUUUACUUACUAUGAGUUCUUUGAAUGGAACUGCGGUUCAACCACAUUUUCCAGCAUCCAUUGAAACCAGCAUCAAAGAUAAAAAUCAGCAACAUCAUCAGCAACGGUCAUUGCCAAAGGGCAAGAUAGCAAGAGUGGAAAUAUUACCGACACUUAAUGCAGCAUGGAAACAGUACAAAUUGUCUCCAGAUACAAAUGUUUGCAUAUUGAGUGGCAGCGAAACAGGAAGUUCCGGUAUAUCAGCAAAUUUAAUGAGGAACAGGAAACAGCUUCUAUCCUAUUGCACUGCAGCCCUGUCGUACAUCCGCGUUUACCCCGAAAGUAGUUGGAGACCACGUGACAUCGAUAAAAUAGCAGACAUUGCUUUUAACAUCAAUCGGAGGACGGUAAUGAAACGUCCUAUGAAAAUGAAACCGGAACAGCUGACCGAAUUGGAUGAACAACCCGACGUAUUCUACAUCGACUCAAUCAAAUUUGUGACAUUGACCAAGGCAUCAAUGGCUAGAGGAAUCAUCAGUAAGGAUGAUGUAGCCACAGUAAAGGAUUUUUUCAGUGUUUUACUCGAGAAUUGUCAGCAAUCGUGUGUUGUUGAGCUGAAUAACAGUUAUUUUGCAUUUUGGCACUCUGACGAUAAAUAUUACAUGUUUCAACCGUUGAACGCUUUCCACAAGUCUUCGAAAUGUGUUCAAUUGACAUCGUUUGACUCCGUUCAGCUUUACUUGCAGAAAUUCUAUAUUACCACAGAAGCUAAAGCUGAAUACGUUUUCCAUACGGUUGACUUCUUGAAGAUUAACGACAAUGUCUUGAGUCCGGAGGAAAUAUUGAAGAACUUCCACAAAGAUGCAGCAGGGAAUGUUACCGGUAGAAGUGGAGACUUUUCUUAUGACUCCAUUGGUUCAGGAAAUGUUCCUCAUAAGAUGUGCUUGAUGCCCACCACGCAUGAUCCGAACGCGACCUCUUUUGACGAAAUAACGGAACAUACGUACAUUCUCAGAUGCCCAAAGACAAUAGAUCGAAGCGGAAAACUGUCAUCGACGUGCAUCGCUGCUAUCGUAGUUCUUCGAGUCAAUCGUGCCUUUCUCUGGACAAGUGACACGCUAAGCGACAUUCUAGACCUAGGAUCGAAAAUCCAUAAAGAAAAUCUGAAAUUGAAGCCAAAGGGACAAACGGAAAUUCGUGUGUCAGACAUAACGGGGAAAAUUCAAUUUCGUUCGUUUGAAUGUCUCGUCGAAUCACAGCAAAUCUUCUUCGGCAAAGUUGAGUCAACCGUUGCAAACAUAUGUAACAUCGAACAGGGUCUGACCGAGUUCUUUAUGGCUCACAUUGCCGGCGUAAUUGAUGGGCCAAAUGUGGUGGCCGUUUGGAAGGAGAAGGACUUUUACUAUAUGUACGACGCUAAGGCUCGGAAUGGCUUCGGUGUAAAAUUGACGAAAGAAGAAACUGAUGCUGGGGAGAUUGGUAUGUCAUGUGUAACCAGAUUUCAGCACUUAACGGAUUUGGCCAAAGUCUACAUCGAAAAUGUACCCAGAAAGGAACGCCAAGAUUACUACAAAAUCACUCACAUUGUGCUGAAACCGUUUUUGGGGAAAAACUGGCAUCAAUGGAAAGUUGCGUUGCCCGGUCAGUGGUGCUUGAGAGCCGAGGAGUGUUUACAGUCGAAAGAGAAUUUACGAGUAUGCGUGACGGCUUUGCUGUAUGCUCAAGAUAUCGACGCGAAGAAUUGGAAAACGAAAACCGUAGACGAAAUCGCUUCGUCGGGCUAUGAGGGAAGUGACUAUUUUCAUGGCGAAAGAAAUUUGAAGAAAACGGAAAUGGAAAUUGUCUUAAAGGGGAAGCAGCCAACAUUUAUUACCAUCGAUCGGAAAAUGUUCCGCUAUGUCGUCAAUGCACUUGAUAAAAAUAUUGAGGACUGUCUUGUGAAGGGCUUCAGCACGUUCUUCGAAGGAAACAAACGGGGAAUUUUCACUUUUAACACGAAACGGACUUGGAAAUACUUUUCCAUUUGGAAAUCGAGCAGUAACUGGUUCGCAUUCGGUCUGUAUAAGCACCGCAACGAAGCUACGAACGAUGAAAAACAAGAAUGCUGGUGCGCUUUACGAUUCACUAGUCCGAUAGACAUGGCUAAGUCGCUAACAGCCAAUAUAGUUAUCAGGAAAAAUCAGGAGUUUUCAUUACGAUCGGUGACUUUGAAUGAAGAAGCUCCGAAAAUUGACAAGAAAAAAUUGAAAAAUUUCAAAGAUCUAAGACCAUCAACCGGAAAUGCCGGAAUACUUCGCCUUGGUAAAAACUUUGAUUUAAUCGGGAGUGAAGACGAUAUUGGAGUUACGUUUGCACGGAACACCUAUAAUAUUGCGGCUGUGGUUGCAAUGACUCUAAUGAAAGAUUGCUGGACCUGGUCGAAUUACGAUGUCUGGGACAUUCUGAAAAUCUCGCAAAAAUCAUUUACCGACGAGGUGAAUAAAUUUGAAAAUUUCUUCAUAAAAGUUGGCACAACGAUAAUCAAGCUGAAAGAUAUCCAGACGAAUUUGUGGGAAAAUGAGAUAGAAGUGGAUCUCGGUCAAGGCGACAACACGCUGCUGUCUUUCAACCGAAUUGAAGAGGCAGCUGCGAUAAAAUCAGACUACCAAAUCAAAAGAGCAAUAAAGGCCGGGAUGAUGACUGAUUCUCAAAUCAAAGUUAAAGAAGAAACAACAACUGAAGACCAAAUCGACGGUGCUGCAACAGGACCCAUAGAAAAUUUGGACAAUAAAACGGAAAGAGCUUGUAGGGUCCAGCCAACUAUCGAGGAUCCACUGAUGGAGGAAAAACUGGUUAUCGAAGGCUUCAUGAAGAGGUUUAAGAAACAUCGUCAUCCCAAUGCCAUUCUCAGAAGCGAGCAGGUGCAACUAGCUUUUUGGAAAAAAGACGGCGCAUUUUUCGUAUUCGAUUUGCGAGACGCUGGCAAGGCUGGUUGUACGAAUGGUAACCUAGAUAAAUCCGCAUGUCCGUAUGUGGCCUGGUUCGAUUCAAUGAAUGGAUUGUUGGAGCACAUCUACACCAAUUUAAGCGAAACACAAAGCAGCAGCUACGAACUCAUUACCUUUAAGCUGAAAGCAAAGAUUGUGAACUCGAGUCACAAGACUUGGUACAACUUCUCGUUAGUCGACGACACCACUGACCAAUGGAUGAUACGCUCGUUGUACGGAAAUCUUCACAAGCAAUGUGCAGUGACUAGCUGCGUGAUUGCGUUAAUAUUUGCCUCCACUUUGGAACCCUCCAAUUGGAACUCAUCGAUGCUGGAUAGCGUUCUUAAGUAUGGGCGUAAACUGUACCGGAAGAGCAUGAAGACUAACAUAACCGACGUGAAAUUGACCACAAUCGUCACACCAUUCAUCAUCGGAUGCUAUGAAUUUUCGUUUACCGCAGCAUUGAUGAAAUGCGGAGCAAACGAGCAACAAAUACUCGAAAGUGCCAUUACCACUUUGUUCGGUCAUUCAGAUUUUGGGGUCAUUUCAUCGAAGGGAUACAGUGCGUCGAUCUGGCAGCAGAACAAUUCGUAUUUCAUCUUUGAUCCACAAUUGAAUGGAAUGGCGUCCUUGACUCGUUAUUCGAAUAUCGGCCGGAUCUGUAAUCACUUUCUGUUACACGUUCGCACUGCAGUGACUGGAGUCAAUGUAUUCGAAAUAUUUAGGAUUUCCAUUUCGAGUAAAAUCGUCAAGAAAGACGAAUGUCCUGUGGACAUAGCGGCCAUUUCAAGACUCACCAAUCAAGUUACUCUCGAUGAUGACAGGACCCUUAGAAUGUUGAAUGUCAUAUCUGACCACGCAAAAUGGUUAGAAGUGGGAAAAAGUCUUCCUGCUGAAGGUGUUCUCAUCGCAGCAUGUGCUUUCGGUUGCUACAAAAAUCCGGAAUAUUGGACAUCCAACUUAACGGAAGAGAUUCUGAAUCUAGGGGAAAGUAUUUACCAAACAGCGACCAAACGCUCGAAUUUAGGUAAAGCUCCCAUCAAAUUAGAUCAAAUGCAAGGCGUGUACCCGUUCAACGCUAGAAGUGCCAUUCAGAUUCGAAUUCAAAUCUUUGAAAUAGACGAUGCGGCGUUACAAGACAAUGUGUCCGACGCGGAUUCGAUUAAUCCGAAAACCAUUCUGACCGAAUUCUUUCAGCUGUAUGACAACGCACUUUUAUCAUCAAAAAGUACAGCCGAAGUGGCAUUGACUGCUUCGAAGUUUGGAGGACGCUUUUACUUGUUCUCCUGCCAACCGAUCGAUAUUGAUGUGGACGAAACACAUAUUGGCCAGUCGAAGGGGAUGCUGUUACCGUUCGAGAAUGUAUACGAACUGCAGUCGUUUCUAGAGAGCCACUUCGGCGACGAUAAAAGUCUUGAGGACUGGCUCGAAAUAAAAUCGUUGGAAAUUGUGUUUGUUCCGGUAGAGUGCGUUGUGGACGCGAAUCAGAAUAAUGCCAUCCUCACCAGCAGUCUCGGUCAGGCGAACAUUUUGAGUUCAACAUUAAGCGGUGAUCUGUGCACGUGUAGCUCAGAUCAGCAGGGACAUAUAGAGAAGCAUGACUGCUUAAACCUUGCAGCUAUCAUUUUGUCGUCCCAAUCCGACAUCAAAUCUUGGACCAGCAAAACACUCCACCAAAUACAAGAGUACGGUUGUGCUCUGUACCGUGAUGCUCGCAUAGAGAAGAAGGUGCAACGAGUCACAAUUGACGAAUUUCCCGAACGAUUUUACAUUGACCAUGUUGAGUGGAAAACCAAAAUUUUCAGAAAAGAGACAACCACAUUCAAAAACGUGGACCCACAAUUCGUCACCAAUGAGAUUGCGAAAAAAUUAAAAUCAAAAACAUUCAAAAAAGGAGUGACGGUCUACUGCAGCAUCGGCACAAACAGUUUCUGUUUGAUUAUCAAGGAGCAGGAUCCAAUAUUCUAUUGGUAUGAUCCGAACGGUGCAGUAGAUCCGAAGAAGGAAGUACGAGCGUCAGUUUGUUGUUUUGGUAGUAUGGACCUUGUGGUUGGCCACAUUUUGAAUAUCUGCACGAUCCUACAGAGUACCGUAUUUACAGUAAAUUUCAUCAUUUGCCACAGCAUUUGACUUUCAAUAAACUGAACAAAUUACUGAUCAAUCGA